CAUUAAUAGAGUUCCACUUGUUGACGUAGUUCUUCUGUUAUCCAUAGAAGAUAACCUCCGACCGACAUGAAGCCCCAGUUUUUUAUUUUCACACUGUUAAUGCUCUGCCUUGUUGGCAUGGCAACAGCAGCUCCAACUGUUCAGGAUCAGGAAGAAAAGGCAGAGAACAACAAUGACCUCGAACCAAAAGAAAAACGUUCAGAAGAGAAACUCGUGUAUGGGAACCAACAAAACAAACCUCCAGCAACAACAGACAAUUUUCCAAAAAUUCAAAACACAGAAGAUUCGGAAUCACCUGAUGGUGAAAACGGUUCAUCCUCACGUACAGAAGGAAAAACGGACAAAUAUCCGGUUGGUGAUGAAUCGUUGCAUGGAAAAGAGCAAGACAAAAAGCAGGACUCAAAUAAAAAUUUGGACGUCUUUGGAUAUAUGGACACCCCUUCUGUAUUAAGUGUUACAAAUCCUUACGGAGGUGAACCAUACGGACCUGAGUCAGAUGGAAGUACUGGAUCUCUCUCAGGAACUGAUAUUUAUGACGAUUACUCGCAAUACAGACCAUAUGAUUAUAGUGACGCCAUCUAUCGUCGAAAAAGGAGCUACAUGAGAAAAAGAAAUUUGAAAAACAACAUGGACGAAAUGUUAAAUGCUGCUCGACGAUUUCCUAGGCGAGCCAUGCGGUCAAAACGCCACACAGAUGUGGAACAAAUACUUAAAUGGUUGAAUGCUCUGAGCCAAGAAAAACAGUAUGAGCAAGUUCCCUACCAGGAUAGGCGACCAUUUCCAAUUAAUGACGUGCAAAACACAGAGAUGAUGCUUCCACCAGAGGGCGUACCUUUGCCAACUUUAUACUCCAACAAUUACGCUUACAACAGUCCUACGGAAGAAGAAAAUGUUGAGUCCGAAGGUAUGUGGCGAAACCCUUACAAGGACAUAAUGCGACGUUCUUACCUUUACCCAACUGAUUACCGAUACUUUGUGCUACCAAGCCAGAAGAGGUCACCACCAACGCCAAGGUUAGAUGACAACGGUCAGUGGGGACAAAUUAUUCAGCGCCACCAAUUAUAUGACACAGACAAUGCCGAGGAUCUGGAACGACUAUAUGCGUUAGCGAGCUUACUUUCGGAUGAAGGUUCCGACAGAGAAUACAGUUACAGAGGAAAUGCUCAUGAAUAAAUUCUGAAUAGCAGUAGCUAUUAGAAUUCAGUAAGGUGUCGUCUGAAUUCGUUGUUGUGUUGUUGUUUCUUGCUUCGAGUUGCAAAGUGAUUGGCGUGUUAAAAUAAAGAUAAUAUUUCAAAUCAAAUAUAUGCUGUGUUAAAUGUCUAAUGAAAUCGUAGUUUUAAUAUAAACAGUGAAAUCAUGGUUCUACGUGUUUUGAAUAUUAUAUGAAUUUGAUUAUAAUUUCCGAGCAUAAUGUGCAGUAUUUUAUCUUCUUAGCUUUGAUAGUAUUAGGAUUCAGAAGUGGCUCUAAGGGCAGCCACCGAACUGCUGUAAUUGUAGAAAAAAAAUAAUAGGAUUUAUAUGCAACCUUAAUGACAGCAUUUUAGUUGACGUUACCUUUUAAACGAAAAAUGAGCGAUAACUCCAAACGACAAAGAUGUAAACUAAUAGAUAAUUUUAUUUAAAAGUGAAAUUGAGGUCACAUUUGUUAACCUUUUAAUUGAAUAAUUAUAUAUAUAUUUAAAGGAAGGUGCCAAUAUAAACACUUAGGACAAAAUGGCAGAUAUUUAAUUAUAAACUAAAUAAGGACAUGUGUAAUGUUUAUUAUUAUUACAAACAAAAAUUCGUAAAUAAAUACUAAGUAAAUAAAUAUAUAUAUAGCAUCAUCCAAUGCAUUUCACGUACUCUCGACGUCUAUUUCUUCUUAGUUUCUUAGUUGUAACCUAAUUUCCAAUAAAUUUACAUCCAAUAAAAAAGCAAAAGUAUUUUAUUUAGCCUAAAGCAUACGUUUUUGAAAGCAGGUUUUUGUUUGUUUGUUUUUUACAAAAAUAUUGAAAGGUUAUGCGAAAACAUAUAUACUCGUAUUAUAACUUACAAAAUAUAUUCAAUGUUUUGUUAUAAGUAGCCCGAGUAAUGGAGCUUUAUGUACUGAAGCAAACCAUAAUUAAUAAUGUAUAUAUAAACUGAUCCCCUGUUCUUAUAUUUCACGUUUACUUACUUACAGGUAACGAAAGUUACGUUUCAGUGUCAGAGUUUAUUCUCACGUAGCACUUCAGCUGUUAAUAUAACACAAUUAUGAAUGUAUUGUACUGAGGAAUGCUGUCCUUAUAUGUGAAAUACUUUCAGCCACUUUAUUCGAAUGACUUAUGCCCACUUCAUCAAGUUCUCUUGAUGUUGCUGGUAAGGUACUUGAGCUAGAUGUAUAAAACAAGAAAUAAAUUUUCAUUCAGAUACGCAGAUUUUUACCCUUCCCUUUCUCACGCUGUUGUACGAAAGAUAUUAAACAGUCGUAUAAUAUCCUGGAAUAUUUUAUGGCUUUGGCGAUGCAAUGGUUAUCAACAAUGGUAGUUUCUGUUUCUCAUGGAGGUGGUCUAUUCUGAGUAUUCUUUGUUAUAAUAUUUUGUGAGAUUUCAGCUGAUGAAUUUUGUGUUAACUAUUAGAAUUACAGAACGAAAUUGAUUUUUUGUAAUAGCUAUAGAGAAAUAAAAUCAAGAUACUAAACAAUU